UUAUAUUUUUCUGUCCAAAAACAGAUUGAUAACCGAGCUGCACUUGCUUGUAUUGCUGGUGGGUUCUGAAGAUGGGCGGGCAGUGGGUGAAUGGUUGGUUCGUGAAGACGAUAUCGGGGUACGAAGCUGAAGGGGACUACGUGGAGAUAUCAAGUGAGGAGUACGCGGCUCUGUUCGCCAAUCAUCUGGAAGGUUACGAGAAGGACAGAUUGCAUGGGGAGAGGAAGGUGGAGAUAUGGCUGAAAGAGCAUUGUGGCUUCGUCUACUACGUCAUGGAGCUGGUGAAGAAGGCGGGCGGCGGCACGAUGAUGAUGGUGCCGGCGGCGGAGUGGGGGCCGUCGUUUAUGAGGGCCAAAGGUCUCUCUGCAGGUUCCACUGUUGGGUUUUGCUGGGAUCCUCAAGGUUUCUUGAUUUUUCAUGUCGGCUAUUCUUUUAUUUGAAUGUGGAUUUUCUGUCGUUGGCCGUCCCCGAGGUUGGAAUCGAGGGCGUAGUACUUAGAUGUUAUGAUUUACUGUCGGUUAGUUGUUUACGUGGGACAAUACAGUAUUUUAGAUUGA